UUGCGUCCUUGGUAUAUGUAGCCGGCAGCUGAGCACGCCGUUGCUUGUGCCGACGCUGUGUGUGGUUUAACAAGGCUGCCGCCGGAGCAUAAGAGCCCGCCCCAAGCCGAACCGUCUGCAGAUUUCAGUUGACCAAAGAAAUGGUGAUGGAGAAGCCAAGUCCCCUGCUUGUCGGGCGGGAAUUUGUGAGGCAGUAUUAUACUCUGCUUAAUCAGGCACCAGACUUCCUACACAGGUUCUAUGGUAAAAGCUCUUCCUACGUUCAUGGUGGUUUGGACAGCAACGGAAAACCUGCAGAUGCUGUCUACGGCCAAACUGAUAUUCAUAAGAAGGUCAUGUCCUUGAACUUCAAGGAUUGUCGUACAAAGAUACGUCACGUUGAUGCCCAUGCUACACUGAACGAUGGAGUAGUGGUUCAAGUUAUGGGGGAGCUGUCCAACAACAGGCAGCCUAUGCGCCGGUUUAUGCAGACCUUUGUCUUGGCUCCUGAGGGCUCUGUGGCAAAUAAGUUUUAUGUCCACAAUGACAUAUUCCGUUACCAAGAUGAGGUUUUUGGUGACUCUGACACAGAACCCCCUGAAGAAUCUGAUGAGGAUGUUGAUGAGCCAGAGGAGAGGCAACAAAGCCCAGAAGUGGUUGCGACAGAUGAUGGUGCAUACUAUGACCAACCUGGAAGCAACAAUGAGCUGGAUGAGCAGUUGGAUGAACAGCCUUUGGAAGUGGAGCCGGAACCUGAGCCUGAGCCAGAACUGGAGCCUGAGCCAGAAGCUGUAGAAGAGAAAUGUGAGGCUGUCUCCGAGGAGCCUGCUCCAGAAGAGGAAGAAGUGGUGGAAAAGAGUCCCUCUCCUCUUCCUGCAGAUCCUGCUCCAGCAGUACAAGAGGAUUCUAGGGCAUUCUCUUGGGCAUCUGUGACCAGCAAAAACCUUCCACCCAGUGGAGCUGUCCCUGUAUCUGGGAUCCCACCACAUGUUGUCAAAGUACAAGCAUCCCAACCUCGGCCAGAUUCAAAAUCCGACACCCAAGCAGCACAGCGGCCACCACAACAACGUGAUCAGAGAGUCAGAGAACAGAGGCCUACGGUACCACCUCCACGAGGCCCUAGACCUGUGAGAGAAGGCGAGACGGGUGAAUUGGAGACGAGGCGCAUAAAUAGGUAUCCAGAUAGUCACCAGCUCUUUGUUGGUAACCUGCCUCAUGAUGUAGACAAAGCAGAGUUGAAGGAUUUCUUCCAAACAUAUGGAAAUGUUGUGGAAUUGCGUAUAAACAGUGGUGGAAAGCUGCCUAACUUUGGCUUUGUGGUAUUUGAUGAUGCUGAACCAGUUCAAAAGAUCCUGAGUAACAAGCCUAUUGUGUUCAGGGGUGAUGUGCGUCUUAAUGUGGAAGAGAAGAAAACUCGUGCUGCAAGAGAGGGUGAUCGUCGUGGCGAUAGACCUCGUGGUAUUGGAGGUCCACGUGGAGGUCUUGGAGGUGGUCUAAGAGGACCACCUCGUGGUGCAAUGUCUCAGAAGCCUGGCUUUGGAGCUGGAAGGGGUGGUAUGCAAGGCCCACCACGUCAGUGAAUUCUGUUCAUGACCCCUUUUCAGUGAGUCUUUUACAUCAAAGGGCACAGUCUUCAUCUGUCCUGCAGCCUUCAGAAACUUGUGCCGUGGGUAUCUUGGCAUCUUGCCCUAACAUGACAGACUGCUACACUUCACCUGUCCAAUCCCACCUUUCUUGUUGCAAUUUUUUUUUGACUUCUUGAUCCUUGUCUCAGAAUCCACCAUAUGUUGAACAUUUAUUUUAGCGAAAAAUGGAUUCUUAGCAAAAAAAAAAAAAAAAAUCCCCAAACCAUAUUUUCAGGAAUCAAAAGGAAUGGAACUUUCUGACAUAAAAAAACUCCAAGGACGUUCAUUAAAAGCUCUGUUUUUUUGUCGCCUGGAUCGCUGUCCGUGGCAUAUAGAUCACAGCCCUGUAUAGGGAGGCCUACAGUUCUAAGUGUGAAGUAUUUGGUCUUGAUAGUAAAUCUACUGAGGCUACGAGUAGUAACAAAGAACGUAGCUCGAUAUAGCUACAAAAAAACACCUCCAAGCUAUUUUACUGCAAAACAAAGAUUGUGUUUAAAAUUUCUAUAAUAUCUUUUUAUACAAGUCGGUCAAGGAUUAAAGAAAUAAUGAAACUACUGUUUUACCACUCAGAUUUUGGGAUAGGUUUUAAAUGUCUGGCUACUUGACUCUAAAACAUCUGAAUUUGUGAAAUAUUUUUUUUUUUCUUUGUUUUAGUUUGUAUUUGUAAAAAAACAAAAACUUCAAAAAGAAAUUUUGUGCCUUCUAUUUAUCUCAUUCCAGUCAAAUUAAAAUAAAAAAAAAAUCUAAAAAAAAAAAAAAAACCCGCAAUGCUCCAGCUGCUAUUUGGGGAGGGAUCCGAUCUUAAAGGAUUUAUACGACUAAACUUGAAACCGUCUGUAAUACAUAAUGAACUGACAGCUGACCA